CCCGCGCUGCCCGCGCCCCCCACGCCCCCCGCGCCCCCCGCGCCCCAGUCUGCCGACGCUUCUCCUCCGAGAUGGUCAUGUCUCCCUGCCAGCCUGGGCGGGGCGGCACGGCCCAGGCCCCCGCGCCCAAGCUGGGCGACCGCGAGGGGCCAUGAUCCGGCUGGGCGGCUGGUGCGCGCGGCGGCCCGGCGGCGCGGCGGUUCCCCCCGGGCGGCGCUGGGCUUGUCCAGGGCCGCCGGUUCGGACGGGGCGGGCGGGCUGCCGCUCCCUGCGGGUGCUGGUGGACAUGGACGGCGUGCUGGCCGACUUCGAGGGCGGUUUCCUCAGGAAGUUCCGCGCGCGCUUCCCCGACCAGCCCUUCAUCGCGCUGGAGGACCGGCGCGGCUUCUGGGUGUCGGAGCAGUACGGCCGCCUGCGGCCCGGGCUGAGCGAGAAGGCCAUCAGCAUUUGGGAGUCAAAGAAUUUCUUUUUUGAACUUGAGCCUCUGCCAGGGGCCGUAGAAGCUGUGAAGCAGAUGGCCAACCUACAAAACACUGAUGUCUUCAUCUGCACAAGCCCCAUCAAGAUGUUUAAGUACUGUCCCUAUGAGAAGUACGCCUGGGUGGAGAAGCACUUUGGCCCGGAAUUUCUGGAGCAGACUGUGCUGACCAGAGACAAGACUGUGAUCUCUGCUGACCUCCUCAUAGAUGACCGGCCAGACAUCACAGGGGCUGAGCCAAACCCCAGCUGGGAGCACGUCCUGUUCACCGCCUGCCACAACCGGCACUUGCAGCUGCAGCCCCCUGGCCGCAGGCUACACUCGUGGGCAGACAACUGGAGGGCCAUCUUGGACAGCAAGCGACCCCGCUGAGCUGGACUGUGCUUCAGGCUUCUCCACCAAGCCCUGUUCCCAAGGCUCCCAGCUCAGGGCCUGCGGAGCCAGUACUCUGGAGCAGGGGACCCUCCCAGACACUGGGGCCAAGAUGAGCUCCUGCUGCAUGUCCCCUCCCUCUCCCAGCCCUGCCAGGCCUUAACCUGAUCUCAGGGCACAGCUGGGCCCUCUUGGGCCCUCGGACACAGACAUGUGCUACAGGCAGUUGCACUGACCUCAGGCAGAGGACUCCUAGCUGCCUAGGCCCCAGGGACUCUUGACGGGGAAGACUUGAGGCUACUGUUUACUCUCCACUCUAUAGGUAGGUUUCCUGAGGCGUCAGGGACACCCUCUUUCCAGGAUCUGCAGCCUGUCAGCAGGUGGUGCCAGGAACAUAGUGACUAAGGUGCUUCUGGCUGGGCACAAGACCCUCACAGUCUCAACCGUGGCACCCACAUUCCAACGUCCACGCAGUCAGACUCCCCAGAUGGCCUGCCAUGAAUUCAGCAGACACUGGUCAGGAGCCAGUAGCUGUCAGGUUCCAUGCCAGGAGAUGACACUGGCCCUGCCCUCACCCAGCUCAGAGGUUCCUUGCAUCUCUGUCCCCAGGGCCCUGCUCAGGCCCAGCAGAGUCAGCAAGGUUGAACAUGUGUUGAGUGCAUGAAAAAUAAAUCCUGUUCACACGUAGCCCGAGGCUGUGGCCUAUCCUAAGACCCUUUGGCAUCUGGGCCCUGGGGAACCCACUGCACAUCUUGUGUCUGGGUGGUCCCACUGCAGUGACAACAAGGGCACAGCUUCACCCUGUGCCUCUCAGAACAGGGCCUUGAUGGUGCAGAGCCAGCAGCUGUGGUGGUCCCCUGGGUACCCACUCCACACUGGCUGGUGAAGGGUGGAGGCCACAGGCCUUCAGCCACCCUCUCAUGUGCUGCGUUCCCCACCUGCCCCAGUGCUCUGGGGUGGAUCCCCAUCCUCUGCUCCCCUACCAAGGCCAAAUUCCUGUGUGACUCCAGGAGCCCCAGGGAUGGCUGGUGUUAGGGCUUCUGCUUUUGCUCCUUUUCACCCACUUGGAAGUGACGGCGUGAAAGAAUCACCUCCUCGCCGCCCUCUGGAGAGAUUUCAGGGGCCACUUCUUUAUGCUUCCUGUUCUGGCUGCUCGUUCCCCUGCCAUGGAAUGGAACAUGGGCACCCAACCCCCAGGGGUGGGCAACCUGUAGCCUCAAUGCUAUUAUUAUAAUAA